AUGACCCACGGGGACAGUGCAGGUCCUGUUUGCAGCCUGAAGUUUGUGACUCUCCUGGUGGUCCUAGGUCCGGAGCUCCUAUUCGUGGGAGCCAGAGUGCAGCUUCAAGAAAAUGGGUAUAAUGGAUUACUUGUUGCAAUCAAUCCUCAGGUAUCCGAGGAUCAGAACCUCAUCCCAAACAUUAAGGAAAUGAUAACUGAAGCUUCUUAUUACCUAUUCAAUGCUACUAAGAGAAGAGUGUUUUUCAGAAACAUAAAGAUUUUAAUACCUGCCACAUGGAAAGCUAAUAAUUACAGCAAAGUAAAACAAGAAUCUUAUGAAAAGGCAAAUGUCAUAGUGACUGACUGGUAUGGGGCACAUGGAGAUGAUCCAUACACCUUGCAAUACAGAGGGUGUGGAGAAGAGGGAAAAUACAUUCAUUUCACACCUGACUUUCUACUAAAUGAUGACUUAACAGCUGGCUAUGGAUCACGAGGCAGAGUGUUUGUUCAUGAAUGGGCUCAUCUCCGUUGGGGUGUGUUUGAUGAAUAUAACAAUGAGAAACCUUUCUACAUAAAUGGGCAAAAUCAAAUUGAAGUAACAAGGUGUUCAUCUGACAUCACAGGCAUUUUCUUGUGUGAAGGAGGCCCUUGCCCCCAAGAAAACUGUGUUAUUAGCAAGAUUUUCAAAGAAGGAUGCAUGUUUAUAUACAAUAGCACCCAAAAUGCAACUGCAUCGAUAAUGUUCAUGCAAAGUUUAUCUUCUGUGGUUGAAUUCUGUAAUGCAAGUACCCACACCCAAGAGGCUCCAAACCUGCAGAACCAAAUGUGCAGCCUCAGAAGUACGUGGGAUGUAAUCACAGACUCUGACGACUUUAAUAACAGUUUUCCCAUGAAAGGCACUGAGCUUCCGCCUCCUCCCACGUUCUCUCUUGUACAGGCUGGGGACAAAGUGGUCUGUUUGGUGCUGGAUGUGUCCAGCAAGAUGGCAAAGGCUGACAGACUCCUUCAACUGCAACAAGCAGCAGAAUUUUACUUGAUGCAGAUUGUUGAAAUUCAUACCUUUGUGGGCAUUGCUAGUUUUAAUAGCAAAGGGACGAUCAGAGCCCAGCUACACCAAAUUAACAAUGACGACGACCGAAAGCUGCUGGUUUCGUAUCUGCCUGCCACUGUGUCAGCUGAAGCAGAAACCAGCGUCUGCUCAGGGCUGAAGAAGGGAUUUGAGAUGGUUGAAAAACUGAAUGGGAAAGCCUUCGGCUCUGUGAUGAUACUAGUGACCAGUGGAGAUGACGAGCACAUCACCAACUGCUUCCUCACUGUGCUCAGCAGUGGUUCAACUAUUCAUACCAUUGCCCUGGGUUCACCUGCGGUCAAAAACCUGGAGGAAUUAUCACAUCUUACAGGAGGUUUACAGUUCUUUGUUCCAGAUAAAUCCAACUCCAAUAGCAUGCUUGAUGCUUUCAGUAGAAUUUCCUCUGGAACCGGAGACAUUUUUCAACAACAUAUUCAGCUUGAAAGUAUAGGUGAAUAUGUUAAACCUCACCAUCAACUGAAAAACACUGUGACUGUGGAUCACAGUGUGGGCAAUGACACUACUUUUCUAGUCACGUGGCAGACCAGUGGUCCCCCUGAGAUUGUAUUAUUUGAUCCUAAUGGAAGAAAGUACAACACAGAUGAUUUUACCACCAAUCUAGCUUUUCGGACUGCUCGCCUCUGGAUUCCAGGAACUGCUAAGCCCGGGCUAUGGACUUACACACUGAACAAUACCCAUCAUUCUCCUCAAGCCUUGAAAGUGACAGUGACCUCUGGCGCCUCCCGCUCAGCCGUGCUCCCUGCCACUGUGGAAGCCUUUGUGGAAAGAGACAGCACCCAUUUUCCCCAUCCUGUGACAAUUUAUGCAAUUGUGAGAAAGGGGUUUUAUCCCAUUCUCAAUGCCACUGUAACUGCUACAAUUGAGUCAGAGACUGCAGAUCCUGUUACGCUGAAACUUUUUGAUGAUGGAGCAGGUGCUGAUGUUAUAAAAAAUGAUGGAAUUUACUCGAGGUAUUUUUUCUCCUUUGCGAUAAAUGGUAGAUAUAGCUUGAAAGUGCGUGUCCAUCAUUGUCCCAGCAUAAGCACCUUAGCCCACUCUAUUCCAGGAAGUCAUGCUAUGUACGUACCAGGUUACAUAACAAAUGGUAAUAUUCAGAUGAAUGCCCCAAGAAAAUCGGUGGGCAGGAGAGAGGAAGAGCAAAAGUGGGGCUUUAGUCGAGUAAGCUCAGGGGGUUCUUUUUUUGUGCUGGGCAUUCCAGCUGACCCACAUCCUGAUGUGUUUCCGCCAUGCAAAAUUAUUGACCUGGAAGCUGUAAAAGUAGAAGAAGAGGUGACUUUAUCUUGGACAGCACCCGGAGAAGACUUUGAUCAGGGCCAGGCCAACAGUUAUGAAAUAAGAGUGAGUAAAAGUCUACAGAAUAUUCAAGAUGACUUUAACAAUGCCAUUUUAGUGAAUACAUCAAAGUUAAAUCCUCAGCAAGCUGGUACCAAGGAGAUAUUUACAUUGUCAUCAGAGCUUUUCACAAACGGACCUGAACAUCAACCUGAUGGAGAGACACAAAAAAGGCACAGAAUUUAUGUGGCAAUACGAGCAGUAGAUAGGAACUCCUUAAAGUCUGCUGUAUCUAAUGUUGCUCAGGCAUCUCUGUUGAUUCCCCCAAAUUCUACUCCUGUAUUUGCCAGAGAUUAUCUUAUAUUGAAAGGAGCUUUGACAGCAAUGGGUUUUACAGGAAUCAUUUGCCUCACCAUAGUUGUAACACACUGUGUUUUAAACAGGAAAAAGAGAGCAGACAAGAAAGAGAAUGAAACAAAAUUAUUAUGA